AUGCGUGAACAAAUAUCCAAAUCUACGGCUGAUAAAGCAUGUGAUUUUGGUAUGAAAUACGACGAAUUAUGUCGCCAGUUUAAUUUAUUACCUUUAUCAGCGGUUAAAAUAAAACUUGAUGACGGAAUUAUCGAUUUAGAACUGGAUAAUUUAGGUAUUGACGAUUGGAAUCCAUUAUGUGGUGCUAUUGGCACUUGUAAAACGUUACGUUCAAUCACAUUUCGGAGUCAGUUUUAUAAUACAACAUCAACAACCUUAGCUGAAGCAGAAAGACGAAAUGGGAAACGCUCAUUAUCAACUUCAAAGCGACCACCGAUAUUUCAGUCAAAAGAACUUUUAACAAAAAUUAGCUCAAGUUUAAAAGAUUGUCUCACGAUAACAACUGAACUUAUUUUACUUGAUCUAAGUGGUUUACCAUUUCGAAGAAAAGAUUUGACUCUAAUAGCACAAGGACUUGCAAAAUGCAAAUCAAUAGUACAUUUUCAAUUAACAAAUUCUCCAAUCGGUGAUGACGGACUAGAAAUACUUUGUCGACAUUUAAAUCAAUCACCAAAAAUUCGUGAAGUUGAUUUUUCUGCGUGUUCAUUGACAAGUCAUGGAGCACAAAUUCUUGCAGACUUAAUUAAAAAUUGUGUAUGGCAAGAAAGUCUACGUUAUCAGAACCCAACAUUGGAUCAUAUGUCUGGAUUAAGACGUGUUACAAUAAACCACAAUCCACUCAUUGGCGAUAAAGGAGCAGGUUACUUAGCUGAAGUUUUAAAAGAAGAUUUAUGGAUAAAAGCAUUGGAUCUACAAGACUGUGCAGUAUCAACGAACGGUGCAAAAGCCUUUCUUGAAUCAGCCAAAUAUAAUAGUCUUAUACAUAUUAUUGAUAUUCGAAAUAAUGGUCUAGUUGAUCGUGAUAUUAUGGAAAAGCUUAUUGAACAAUUACUCAUCAAUUGUGAAGAUGAUCGAUUAUGUGAGUAUAAAUGGUCAAAAUUAGAAUCACCCAAACGUCCUCGAAGUAAAAUAUCCGCUCAAAGUACGACUAGUGGAGUCCCAGGAACAAAUACAAGUGACAAUAAUGUAAAUACGAGGAAGCUGACACAACAACAACAAUUUCACAAAUUAUUAAUCCCAUCAAAAAUACAACGGAGUAAAUCAACUGGUUCUGUUUCUACUGAUUCACGUGUUGCCUGUAUACCAUGGCGAUCAGCUGCAAGAGCAAGUCGCUUACCAGGCUAUCCACCAAGAACGAAUGCAAAAUCAUUUCAUUCAUCAGACGAAUCGAUUUAUGCAGGUGGAGAACAUAAUUACCAUCAUACACCUCGACUACCAAAUCGGGACCAUCCCAAUAUAAGAAUUCAACAGUUGGAAGAUAAGUUGAAAGAAGAACGCCAAGCAAGACGACAACUUGAAGAACAGCUUCAAAAGAUUUUAACAAAAAAUGACGAUGCACAACGGCAACAAGAUCAUUUUUGUGAAGUUGUUGAAAAUACAUUUCAACGAUUUCAAAAGUUUUUAGACUUUUUAAGAUCAAAACGACUGGGUCAAUUGAUAACAAUGGCCGGUCUUGAUAAUGCCGCUGAUCCAAUACUAUCAUUUUAUGAAGUACGUGACACAACAACGACAGCAGCGACCGUCGCUCCCGACCAAACAUUCCAUGUACAUAAUAGUCACACAUUACAAACUAAUACAAAAGCACAAUCAAAAACAAAUGAAAACUCGGUGAACCAAAAUACUGAAAAUGACCAAAAGUAUCAUACUCAUUCGUCAAGUAGUUCGAAUGAGCAAUAA